UUGACGCAAACGAAGUUGAUAAUUUUGUUUAGUAAACAGAGGCUUGUUUAGAAAAAAGAUUUUAGUUAUUUUAGUGAUUUUAGUCGGUUUCUUCGGUUUCUUCAAAUAAGUUUGUUAGCCAGAGGAACAACAAUAAUGUCUUCAGGUGUUGGGAGUAAUUUGAACUCAAAACACUCAUCGAUGUUCAAUGACUUGAUCGAUUCAAUAGAUAUUUCCGAAGUCAAAAUCGAGCCACAACCGGUCGAAAUCGACCAGUCCUUGUUGGACGACCUGUUGGCCCAUAGAUCCAAACCCGUCAAGCCAAAACCGGUGAAACCGGGUUUCUUUUGCGUACUCUGUCUGCGGAAAUGUCCCCCGAAAUCAGUGGUCAAAUUCGCGCCCUGCCUGAACUCGAAAGCCGUUGAUCCUGCCGAGGCUAAGCGGAAAUUGAAGCAGGCGCUCGAUCUGGAGGUGGACCUGGAAAAGUACACAAUGUGUCUCACGUGCUGGAAGCUGGUCAAAUUGAUUGCGGAUUUUAAGGUGUGCUGUUGGAAGGCUAUUAGCAAUCUGGAGGCGUUUCCUACGGGUUUGAAUGGAGAGCUUCGACGGGAUGACGGAUGGAUGUCCGAGGGAACGCUGGACUGGAUCGUACGAAACUAUAAGCUCAUCUGGAAGCACAUUGAACUCAUUGAUGCACAAGUGGAUGUUUCGCAGAGGAACAGAUCUGUGGCUCCAGUGGAACAGAUUUUCAUCGUUCCGAAAAGGGAGGAGAAAGCUACCGAACCGGAAGAACCAGUAAUAGAAGAUAAUGUACCAAAGCCUACGAUUACAGAUGAGUUAUUGAACAAGCUUCCAAAGGGAUUGGUGAUCAAAAGAACGAAGCCUGAAGAUGCCAAGCAAGUAGAGCAAGUUUCUAACUUGACAAAGGUUUUAGAAGAUCAAGACAUACAAAGCGGAAUAUCGGAUUGCGAGGAGGAAUGCCUUCAAGACGAAAUGAUUGACGAUGCUCAGAGUUAUUCCACGGAUAGUGAAAACGAAGAUCCUGCUUUAUUGGAAGUUUUAGAAAUGGAAACGAAACCGUCGAAAACUGUUACAAGUAACCGAACGACAAAACGAAAAAACCGAGAGCGAGACUUGGAAGAUAUUUUGAGCGUCCUAAAUGAAUCAAAAACCAUUGCUGAGGAGGAAGCUGUGGCGCUCGAUUUGCUCGCAACGAAACCACAAUCCGCUGAACCUGUUUCCAAGGCCAACAUUGUAGAACAGGUCAAACUAACUCAAGCUAGAGGAAGUUUGGAGAUAAAGAAGACAAAGCUCAGCAAAAAAUCCAGCAAGAAAAAGGAAGUCAGUAAAGUAAAAAAACUAAGCCGAGAAUCAUCCAAAAAUGGUUCUGGUGAAAUAGUAACUUGUGUACAAAGCGGAGAAGAAAUGCUGCAUUUCCUGACAUCAAAGCCAGAAACUCCAAAAAUUUUCACCAAGAGAGGUGUGCUGAAUAAAGAGCAUCAAGUGCAGGUUAAGAACCUAUACGAAGUCUUGGACGUCCUGACCACUUCCAAAAUUAGCACAGAAGAUGAAACAGUAGCCCUAGAUCUGUUGGCAACCAAAGCCAAAAUUGCGAACCCCAGGAGAAAAAAGUCGCCCAAUAUAAGGCCUGCGGACGUAAAUGAACUAUCGGAUGCAGCCCUCGACGAGUAUAUGUCCAGUGUGGAUGAAAAAGUUUUCCAAUCGGGCAGGAAGAAGUCCCAAGCGGCCGAAGAAGCUAAACACCUAGAGGUGGACCACUACCAAGUAACGAUCUGCACGUGCGAUAUCUGUGGCAGGAACUUUGAUGGCCAACACGCGGUCAACGUUCACAAAAUGCGCUGCAAACCGGAAGCUCCCGCAAACGAAAAGUACGUUAGUUGUCCGAUUUGUACGGCCACCUUUUUGGAUAACUCGGGACUAACGUUCCACGUGAACAGGCACAAAGGCAUCAGACCAUACAAGUGUCGGAAAUUUUGCGACAAUACCUUUUUCAGUAACUACACUCGCAUCAGGCACGAACGGAAGUUCUGCGAACGGGAAGGUCGCGUAUGCUCCAUCUGUGGACAGCAGCUAAAGAACGAGGCCUCGCUCACAUCGCACAUCCAAAUCGUACAUGGCGAGGCCAAGUUCGAGUGCAAAAUCUGCGGCCAGAAGUUCCGGGCCAGGAAAAAUUUCAACGAGCACAGACUGGUGCAUUCGGAUGAGCGGAAGCAUGCUUGUCCACACUGCGAUAAGGCGUUCAAGGUGGCUCGCUCGCUCAAAAUCCACAUACGCACCCACACGAAUGAGCUGCCCUAUGCGUGCCAUAUGUGCGAGCAAAGGUUCAACUACAAGGUCAGCCUGCACAGUCACAUCGAGCGACACCACGGGCCAAACGAUAAAUGGUGAUGUUGGUGUGAUUCCUAGAUGAUUGAGUAAGUAGUGCAAAAUUUGUAAUAAACGUCUCGUAAAUUUCGCCGUA